UUCUGGGGUUGCUUUUGCUUGUGAAGAAAUCUCAGUUUUUCUCCUUAUUUUUCCUCUCCAAAGUAUCCCCAAACAAAGAUGUCUUCUCCAAGCAAACGCCGAGAGAUGGACCUGAUGAAACUGAUGAUGAGUGACUACAAGGUCGAGAUGAUCAAUGAUGGCAUGCAGGAAUUUUAUGUUGAAUUCAAUGGACCAAAAGACAGUCCUUACCUCGGUGGUGUGUGGAAGAUUAGGGUGGAGCUGCCAGAUGCUUAUCCUUAUAAAUCUCCAUCGAUUGGCUUUAUAAACAAGAUCUACCACCCAAAUGUUGAUGAAAUGUCUGGUUCAGUUUGCUUAGAUGUCAUCAACCAGACUUGGAGCCCCAUGUUCGAUCUGGUGAAUGUGUUUGAAGUGUUCCUUCCUCAACUUCUUUUGUAUCCAAACCCAUCGGACCCGCUGAAUGGAGAAGCUGCUGCACUUAUGAUGCGCGACCGUGCUGCCUAUGACCAAAGAGUUAAAGAAUAUUGUGAGAAAUAUGCUAAGCCAGAAGACAUUGGAGCAAAGGCAGAGGACAAGUCCAGUGAUGAAGAGUUGAGCGAAGACGAAUACGCCGCCUCCGAUGACGAGGAAAUCGCAGGGAAAGCCGAUCCUUAGGGCAGCAUAAGAUAGCCCUUUUCACUAGUGAAAUUGUCUGUGUUGUAUAUUGAUAUUCAGCUCCAGGAAAAUCUGUCUAUUUUCCAUGUAUGUUGUGUAAAUUAAAUCAACCGUCGCUUUGAUAUUUCAAAACAUCCAUCCUCUGUUUUAAGACC